CUGAAAAUGGCGGGCAAGAAAAAGAAAAAGAAAGACAAGAAAAACUUGUCUGGAUCUUUGUCCCACAUAGCGUCUCAAUUGGUUCCCAGUGCGAUAUUUGCUGCUGUACCUCGCAGUGCAAGUGCUCCAUUGUCGUCAACAUGGCCAAGAUCUUCAGCUUCUUCUCCUGUUGCUCGAGCUGUUGGAGAAGCAGGAAACGUUGGUUUUGCAUUCGUGGGAAACAUCAACCGUUCUUCAUCGCAAGCCGAGCUCGAAAGAAACCAAGGGGAAAUUACAGGGAACCUCGAAGGACCACAUGUAGUAUUGCCCUCCACCAGUCAACGACAACCAGGCGAGGAUGAUCCUACGUAUGAAGCUGUAGAAGUUGCUGGGACAAGUAGGUCUGACGGCUAUGAUAAAACAACGAAAUUUUAUCAUAUGAGGAAUGAUGCUAAGACUGAGAAUGAAAGCCAUGAAGUCGCGAAGACUGGCAAUGGACAAAACGGAGACGAUCAUGUUUAUGAUGACGUCGUUGAAGACUGGCAAAACGAUAAUUCGGUGGGAGAGCCUGUUUAUGCUAAAGUAGAUAAAACAAAGAAAACGUCUGUUCUAUCGCAAAUUCAGGGAUCAGAUCAUCCAAAAGAUGAUGAUUAUGAAGGUUCAGGGAUUGAAGUUUCAAGCAGUGAUGAAGAUUUGACAGAUGUAACAACUAAUGAUGAAGAUAGCUCAUUUUCAUCUAAGACAAGACCUAAACAAGUGAACACAAAUAUUGAUAUCCAAAAAGAACAAAAUCAAAACACUAAACUUCAUAAGACAAGGAGAAGGAACAAGGAUGAUGAUACUUCAGAGGAAAGCAGCAGCAAAAAUAUAGAUUCUUUGAUAGCAAAACAUGAAAAGUUGAUGGAAGGACAAGGAAAAAAGCCCAGGAAAUCAAGUGAUAAAAACUUGAAAAAAUCUGAAAUCCAACUUGAUAAAAGUAAUAUCUUGAAUGCCCCACAUGAAGCUAGAACCAAAGAUGAUCAUAGUAUAGAAAUGACAGAAAAUAAGACAUCAGGGGAGUCAGAAAGUAAUCUGAUAAAUAAAAAGAGAAGUUCUAGGAAGUCCAGCCAAAAGAAAAAAGCACAAAUUUCAACAGAAGAGGCAAGACUUGAUGAUAAUACCUCUAGUCACACUAUAAAACCUUUAAGUAGUAAUGGAAAUGGGAGGCCAGACAAGGAAUCCAGGCAGACAGAUAGACUUGGUUUUGAAGGGAUAUCACAGAAUGUUGGUCUUUCUGAUAUAUCUGAGGAUGAGGAAAGCUACUUAUUAAGACUUUCUCAGUCCAAGUUUGAGCACCAAAGAACUGAAUUUGAGAAGGAAAACUUUAAUGAAACACUUACCGAUAGUUUUGAUACUAAUCUUGUUGAAGAGCCGCAAAAUAUUGAGAGCAAUAAUUUUGAUUUGACAGAAGCUAGUCCUGUAUCUUUACAACAGAGUACUGGUAGUUUACAUAAAGGAAAUGGGAAAAGUUAUAGGAGGAAUCCAGAGAGUCCAGACCAGAAUGGUGACAAAAGAGAAUCAAAUGAAAAGAUAUUCAUACAGCAACAAAAACAUCUGGAGGAGUUGAUAAGACAGCAAGAAAAUGUCUACGAACAGCAAGCACAGCAGCAGAAAGAACAACAAAAACAGACUGACAGGCUUGUUCAACAACAACAAGAACUGCAAGGACAGUUGAAGUUGCUGGAGGAGAUUCAGUAUGAUAGAGUACAGGGUUUGUCUUCAGCUGUAAGUGAUCAUGAUGUUAGAAUACAGAAGGAGAUAGUUGAACAGCAGGAGCAGUUUCUCAGAUCACAGCAGAAACAGCAAGUACACUAUGAACAACACCAAGAAAGGAUCUUACAACAACAGGAGAAUCUUUGCAGUCAAAUAAGACAACUAGAACUUCAAAUGAGGGAUGUGAAAUCCAACAUCAGUUCGUUGACUCCCAAAGACAAAGACUUGGCAGAAAUCAGAUGGCAGGAACAGGAGAUCAUUAGACUGCUAAAUGAACAGAAACACCAUCAACAACAAUAUGAACAGCUACACAAACAGCAGCUACAGCAAAUGCAAGACAAAGAACUGAAGUUUAUCCAAGAAAGACAGGCUUUGCAAGUUCAACAAGAUUUCUUGAAAUCAAAGAUGAUAGAACAAGAGGAAAAAAGCAAAAUAUUAGAGAAAGAGUUACAUAAUGUUUCUUCCAAAGAAAAAAGACAUGAGAAGUCUAAGGAUUCUAAGAGAUCUCAAGUGGUACAUACUGAACGAUACCAUGAUGAAGUCGAUGCAGUUCCAUUACCAAGAAAGGAGGCCAAAAAAUCAAGCAAAACCAAAAAAUGGAUCCAUGAUGUGCUAACAGAUAACUCGAGGUUAUUAGAGGUGAAUGCAUCUCUGCAGCAGGAAAAUGCUGUAUUGAAGCAGUAUUCUGAAGCAUUACAGAAGGGAUCUACUGGUGGGUCAUCCUUGAUCAUGCAGCAGCAAAUCAAAGAAUUACAGGAAGAAAACAAAGUGCUUCGAGAGACUGUCCACAGAGUAAAUGUUGAAUUAAGUAGAUACCAGACCAAGUAUCGACAAGCCACAGCAGAGGAUUUUCCAGUUAUGCUGUCCAAAACCAAAGCUAAAGAACCAUCUCCAUGGCUGGUCAAUACAAAAUUCCUGGCACCUUUGUUUCUGGCCUAUGAUGACAGGUUGAAAGAAAGAGAGGACGUCAUCAAGACAUAUGAUGAAGAGCUUGCUUCAUUCAAAGCAAGAUUAAUGGAGAUAGUCAAGGAAAACCAAGACCUUCACAUGAGACUAACACAUUCCAAGCCAGAUGCAUUAGAUUUAGAUGAAUGGCAACAGCUGCAGGUACAAGCCAAGCUUGUUGUGGAAGAAAAUGAGCUGUUGAUGAAACAGCAGGACCAACAACACAAAAAACUGAAAGAACUGCAACGAUCUCACGGACAAGAUGUGUCCAAACUUUCUAUGCGCAUUGCUACACUGGAAUCAGAAAAGAGAAAUCUCGAGACUGAGCUGGAGGAAUCUCGACACAACUGCGCUAACAUGAGUCAAAAAUAUAAAGAAAUGAUAGAUGAGGAAGAAACAAAGAUAAAUGUUGAGGCACAUCUUUCUAUGAUUGAUGAAUGUAGAAGCGUGAUGGAAGAUCUAAGUUCAAAGAAAAAGUCAGAGAUAGAAGAUCUUGAGUCAAGAUUAAAUGUUGUUCAAGAAGAAAAACAGAACCUUGCUUCAAGUCUUGCUGAUUCUAAUGCACAGAUCACCCAGUUAACCAAGGAAUUGGAUGUGUAUAAAAAGAAUCAAAGGAAAUUGGAGCGAAAGACUUUGUUUUUAGAAAAAAAACUAGAACACAUUCUAGAAAGAGAAGUGACAGCUCAGCAAACCUUAUCUGAAGUAUUAAAAGUGGCAGAGAAAACCGCUGAAGAAAGAGACAGCUUUGAAGAGUUCGCCAAGUCGCAAGAACUCCAACGAAAAAAGUCCAAAUCACUGAUCCAUCAAGGAGACCUCGAUAUCCUAGGCUUACAGGAAAAACUAAAGCACAACAAGAAAAAACUUAAUCACAAAGUGGCAUCCAUGACGGGGAGGUUGAAUGACAAGGAAAAAGAAGUUAACAAAAUGAAAGAAGAUUACGAGCAUGAAAUUAAUAGGCUUCGACAUUUGGUUCGCGAGAAGCAAAGUCGAAUCGAGACAAUAAUGGGUGAAAGAAG